CAACUCCUGCAUCAUAGGUGGCGCUCUGCACCUUUACCGUUGGUUUGGUGCCCGCAAAUAGACGAAUGAAGAAGACUCAGUACAUACUCUUGUCACUACUCAUUAGUGGCAGUUCUUUAAUAGGUCAUUAGUGGAGGCGGUAAUAAAUCUGUUUGUCUGUUCGUUAACCUCUGAAGAAGAGGCAGAAGCAUAACAAAAAGGUCUUAAGAGUUGCAGUCAUAUGUCGUCUCAGUCAUAGCUGCCGGGCAGGUCGAAUGUAUAUAUACCCUCCUUGUUUUUUAAUCUGGCGUCUUCUUCCUGUUACCCUGCUGACAUGCAAACCACAAACUCGUGACCCAAACAAAACGAGAUGGUUAUUCUUCUCUUCAAGACUGACAUGGGUCUACGGGCUGAAAGUACGACUGUGAUCUUUUAGAUGACACAGCUGACUGCACCAGAGAAAUGGACUAUCUACUGCAGGUGAAAGUCGGAGCUCUCGUUGCUUUACUAUUUUUAACUCUUUUAUUUGGAUUUAUCCCUGCUCGGCUGAAAUGGUUCAGGAACGGGAAUGGUACAGGAACCCACCGAGUGGUUCUGAGUUUAAUCAGCUGUUUUGCUGGAGGGGUGUUCCUGGCAGCAUGUCUGCUCGAUAUUAUUCCAGACUACUUGGGAGACGUCAACACUGAGCUGGAUGCUCGGGGAUUACAGAUCAGCUUCCCCCUCCCUGAAUUUAUCAUAGCCUCAGGCUUCUUCUUGGUCCUCAUUUUGGAGAGAAUUGUACUUGACUGCCAACAUGCCCAUGGUGACCAUGAGGAGAGGGCUCUCCUCAUUCCCGCAAAUGGGCGGGAUACUGGGCACGGGCACGGGCACGGGCACUCCUCGGGCCAGGACCUGGAGGACAGUGGGCCCCACAUGCAUGUGGACUUCCAAGCCCACUCCUCCUUCCGCUCCUUCAUGCUCUUCCUCUCUCUCUCAUUUCACUCCAUAUUCGAGGGCCUUGCCAUAGGCCUGCAGAGGACUGACUCCAAGGUCUUGGAGAUCUGCAUUGCCAUCCUGGUGCACAAGAGCAUCAUCGUGUUCAGCCUGUCUGUGAAGCUGGUGCAGAGCGCCGUGCGUCCUGCGUGGGUGGCCGCCUACAUUUGCGUGUUUGCCGCAAUGUCGCCGCUGGGCAUCGCCGUCGGCAUCGGCCUGACGGAGGCGGCGCUGCCGUCGGGCGCUCUGAUCCAGGCCGUCCUGGAGGGCCUGGCCGCGGGCACCUUCGUCUACAUCACCUUCAUGGAGAUCCUCCCGCACGAGCUCAACUCUCCCGAGAGGCAGCUUCUUAAGGUGCUCUUCAUCCUGCUGGGCUUCAGCACCAUGGCAGCACUCACCUUCCUGGGCUAGCGGUGAAUCGUGUUCCUCAGUCUCCACUCAGUCUUGACUCUGUGCCAUGCUGCCUAGAGUUGAUCAAGAGAGAGAGAGGUGCAGCGUCUAUUUUAGCUUUAUGUUUUAAAUUUAGGUUCUCAUUUCCUGAGGAGGCAAAUUGUAUAUUUAUUAGAGCUGUCAAGCGCUUAAAAUAUUUAAUCGUGAUUAAUCGCAUUGAUGUCAUAGUUAACUCUAAUUAAUCGUGAUUAAUCGCAAAUUAUUUUUCUAUGCUAAAUAUCCCUUGAUUUUUUUGUCCCAUAAUUCUUCUCAUUUUAAUUCUCUUAUCAACAUGGUGAAGUGCAUCGGCUUGCCUUGUGCAAAUGAUUUUUUAUUGAUAACAUUGGAAUAUACACUGAUCAAAACAGGACGAUACAAAAAAAGAGCCUAUAGUGCAAUUAGAAGACUGCUUUGAACAAAUGUAAUUUGAACAUAGCAGUCAGGCUUUAUAAAAUAAUUGCGUUAAUCGCGCGAUAAAAAAAUUAACGCCGUUAAAUUUGGUUUGCGUUAACGCCGUUAAUAACGCAUUUAACUGACAGCUCUUAAUUUAUCCUUUUUUCUGUUUUGUUUAGAUUUUAUGUAUUUCCGAAUCGUAAUGAUAAUGUCUGGAUUGACUGGGCUAACAAAAGAGCAAAGAGGCUAAGGUAUUACUGCUUUCAUGCUUUUGUCCUCCACUAUUGUGCCUGACCUUUGACAAGACUGGUAUAACUACUGAUAACAAAGGGGUGUCACUGACUUUUUUUAUUGCAUCAUGUUAAUGUUUGUCCGUUAAGUCAAUACUUCCAUUGCUGAAUUGUUUACAAAUAUUUUUUACCCUAUUACAAAGGGAAAAGAUAGGUAUUUGAUUCCAGCUAAAGCACUAUUUGUUCCCUGAUUGGGUUGUAAUGAUGACUAUGAGGUGUUGGCUUUAAAUGCUUAGCCUUUACUGAGAACAUAGCGUGAUAACUGGCCUUGUAAUCAGAAAGUGUUCGUUAUACUUUACGAGAAAUGUGAUGGGUCUGUUAGGUACGAUGAUUAGCAUUGUGAUUAUAAUGUAAUCUAGAACCCACUCUUCACAAUACUAAGGCAAUACUCUGCCUUUUGCCAUAUAAACCUUAUAAAUAAUAAAUAACUUAUAAAGUUAAACUUGUAAUCCCCAAACAAUUCCCUAAACAUUUAGGUACAAGUGUAAUUAAUGUUGAACCAAAUUCUAGAAAGACCUUUUUGAUAGCAUUGGACGUUUAAGGUGUACCUCAUUGUAGAUAUUGAAUCCUUGAAAAACUUAAGCCUGAUGCCAAGAAAAAUUAUUAUAUUCAAUGUACGAAUUACGAAAAAUGUGACCGUAAUGUGAUGAUUUACAAAAGAUAACUUCAUGGUGCCUUGAAUAGUUUUGGCUUGAUGUAAAAUAAAAACAUUUCCAAAAAGCCUG